GCCCUCUACGUUAAGCAUUCAGUGUCACGGCAACAGUUGAAAGAUGGCGGCUCCCACGACUGAACAAAUUUCCGAGAUUCGGCAGGCGAUUGCUCGCCACAUCAACUGCCUUAGUGAAGGAAGUCGAAUGGCAAAACGGAGAGCGUUAGAUAAUAUACGAAAAGAAACAAUCGGCAAGGAACCAAAAUAUGAUGCUGAAGUUUUACAAGGCGUUUUGGAAGCGGAGAUGAAGCCAAUCAUGAAAUGCUUCGGUGAUCCAGUUGACAAGUGCCGGGAGCUGUCGGCACAGCUUAUCCAGGAUUUUGUGGAGACAAUCCCGCGGCCUGCAGAAAUCCUCCCUUACCUUGUUCCAUCAAUUGUCAUCCGUCUAGGCAACCAAGAAAUGGUGGAGGCAGCGGAAGAACUCCGUCUUUCUCUUGUCCAGCUAAUGACAAAACUUGUAGAAUUAACUGGUGGUAGAAUUGCUCCAUUUCUGGAUGAUUUUAUCAAGAUUUUGCAGCGAACGCUUGUCGAUCCGUUUGCAGAUGUUCGAAGAGAAAGUUGCACUUGCACUUGCAAGUUAGCAAGAAUCAUUCCACAGCACUUUCACAUGCAGUCAGAAAGCCUUAUCUCUCCUCUCCUUCAGACCAUUAGUCAUCAACAUUCCAAAGUUCGGGUGCAAGUAAUUUACACCAUUGGAGAUGUUUUACAGUUCGGGAAUCACAAACCCAUGGAAAAGGUCAUAUCACAUCUAGCGCAACGGCUGUUUGACCAAUCACCCCAAGUCAGGCUAGCGGUCACUAAGGUUGUUGGAGGAUGGCUGCUGGACUUUGUUGACCGUUACUCCUUUCAUCAUAAACUGAUCCCACUUUUGUUGACAAGCCAGACAGACGAGUUAGAUGAAAUCUCAGGCAAAGCCAAGCAGCUUUGGAUAGAUGUUGGAAGCAAGUAUGCCGAGGAGAAUGAGAAAGAACUGAAGGACCAGAUGGACUUUGUUGAUCCAAACAUUGAGCUCCCUCCAGGAUAUACUGAGCGUCCCAACCUGGGCUGCCGGACCCUCAUCUUCCGCAACAUGUCCAAGAUCCUUCCCGGUCUGCUCAACGACCUUAAGGACUGGACCAUCACCAAUCGUCUCAUGGCGGCCAAGCUGCUCCACGUGCUGCUGGUGAACGCGGAAGACCACACCACCCAGCACAUGGCCCCUCUCCUGGCAGGCAUGUACAAGGCGUGCUCUGAUGAAGAGACAGAGGUGGUGCACAGGAUCCAGAAGUCUGGUGAGCUGGUCGGGUUCUACGUGGGACCAGAGGUCUACUGUAAGCUGAUCUUACCCACAGUCCAGGCCGCCCAGGGUCCAGGGGUCCUCAUGACCUUUGCCUCUAUCCUCCUCGGGACAAAGAGGGCGCUCCUCAAGUCUUAUCUUCUGGAUAUCUGUAAGACAUUGGCUGAGCCAGACGUAUGCCGAAGUGAAGAGAAGAAUUACCAGACUCAGCUCCUGUCCUGUGUGUCAUCCAUCAUUCUGAUCGCUAAAGAAGAUUGCGCUGACGUUAGUCUGGAACUCUUCACCGUUCUAAUCACCAUCAUGGCCACUGCUAGAGAAGAUGGUCUCAAGAACAAGGUCAAAGCCGUCUUGACUGACCUAGCAGCAGCCACAGGCCAUGAGGGUCCUGCUUCCCUCUACAAGAAACACACCAAGCAAGUACUAGACUCGUUCCAGUCUUCCUACCAUCAGUGGACCAACUUCUCGGUGGAAAGGCUUGUAUUUGACAGUCUCCUCUCUGAAGCAGGUGAAGCCGUUGGUGAUCUCCUUGAAGACAUCAUCCCCAUCCUGGAGACCAACCUCAAGCCAGACAAGGAUGCAGAGCUCCGUCUCAAGUUCUUCUCCCUGCUCUCCCGUCUGGUGAUGAGUGCCCCUCUGACCCUAGACUCCAAGGACCGGUUCAGGGACUUCUCCUUGAUCGUCGUGAAGACGAUGGUCCUUCCCAACUGCGUGUGGCACGCCGGGAGGACGGCCACGGCCAUCCGCACCACGGCUGUCUCCUGUCUAUGGGCUCUCCUGCAGAGCGGCAUGCUUACAGCCAAGCAGUUGGACUCCAUCAUGGAUGAUCUCCAAGUCCAGCUGCUUUCCCUCAUGGAAGACGACUCCCGCUCCACCCGCCUCAUCACCGUCCGCAUCAUGCAGAAGAUCCUGGCCAGCUGCGGUUCCGUCACCUUUGACCCUGAGCGCCUGCACCAGCUCUACAUGGAGCUCCUGAAGCGCCUGGACGACAGCAGCGAUGAGAUCAGGGUGGCCGUCGCCAAGACCUUUGGCACGUUCUUUGGUUGCUUCCCCGACGACUACAACGUGGGGCUGUACAAGGCUCAUCUGGAGACCCUCUACAGUGGCCUUCUGGUUCACAUGGAUGAUCCUGAUCAGACUAUUCAAGAAGCUGUGCUUGACGUACUGAAGCAAGCAGCCAAGGUCCAGCCAUCUUUACUCAUCAGAGAGAUAGAGUCUGUCCGACACAAGCAUCGCAGCUUCAUCUACUGCGACCAACUGAUCAAGCAUGCACAGACAUUGAUGCAACAACAGUAAAUACAUUAAAACCUGCUUCAGUGACCACCUGUCUACAAAGACCACCUGUCUACACCAACCACAUUUUUUGUUUCCCUUGAAAAUGGUUUUGCAUUGAAACAUGCACUAAAGGAACCUGUCUACAAAGACCACUUUUUGUGUUUCCCUUGGGCGGUCGCUAUAGACAGGUUUGACUGUACAUUCAGUACAGACCACCAUGCAGUGGUGGGACACAGGUUUUUAGCCAGGAUUUCAAAGUCAGGAGUCCUGAUUGCAAAGAACCCCUUUCUAAAAGAAAGGCCUGUCAUUAAAAUGUACAAAUCGGCCAAAACAGAUUUUGUUUUGUAUCUUAGCAGUUCCAUGUCGUAUUACUUGGUUCAAAAUACAAGUCUCAAAUAUUACUUCUGGAAAGAUAUUUUGCAAGUUUGAAUGCACUCUCAAUUAACAUAAAAGUGACUUGUGAGUAGACUACUUGAUGCAUCCAUACAAGCUCACAUAUAAAUAGUCAGACUUGGGUUCUAAGUGCACAGUUUUAUGUUAUUCUUUCUUUUCUUCCUACUCCUCAUCCGUUAGCCCAUAGUGGGUAAAUUUUGGUGAAUUUUUUUAUUUAUGUUGAGUUAUUUCAUUGAUAUACAAUUUUUUAAGGGGAUUGGUACACUUUAAAUGAUAUACCUGUAGUUUGAACAAGUUUGGGGUGUUUUCUAUGAAAAACUAGACAUCUUUUGGAUGCCGAGUUACCCUCCUGGUUGAAAACCUGCUGUAACAUCACAUUAUUCUCUGCCUAGGCCACUACACAUUUUGAAAUCUGAUGUAACACAAUUCAGGAAGUAAUAUCCUCUUGUAUUUAUUAUUUAUAGCAGAAUAGACCACUCAACAAAUGUAUUAUAAUUUUAUGUAUGCUCCUACUACAACAAUUGCUAAUGAUGACUCUAAAGCUUACCUGACAUAGCAACAACUAAUGAUUCGAACCUGUAUUCUGAAUGUUGAAAUAUGCAUAAUACAGGUAAAUUCAAUAGUUUGUCAUGGGAUUUUGACUGAGAUAGAAGUAUCUUUAAAUUUGAAUACAUUUGUGCACUACUGUAUUCCACAAUAUUAAGGGAAAGUGAACCACUGUCUUGUAUGCCCUUGCUGUGUGAUAUCUACAUGUACAUGUACGUUACAAAUAAUUUCAGGAAGUACAGACACUGCACCACAGAAUGUUCAUUCAUAUCCAUAAUGAUUCACCUUUAGAAUUAGAACAAACCUAAACCUUACCCCGCACUUUGAAUAAAUAAUAUAUAUAUUUCUCAUGACUAGUAAUACAUUAUGGUGUUGCAGUACAAUACUUGGAAAUGUCAGUUACAAUGUAUAACUGAAGAUAGAAACUCAUAGAGGAUGAGAUUCAUUUUAAAAAUAUGGUUCAUCAAGUAUCAAAGUAGCAAAUAUAGUGUAUUCUUAUGAAAGUUCUCACUAGUGAUUGGUUUAAAUUAAGCAUAUAUAUAUAGUUUGAAGGGGAAGUGUAUCCAGAGUAUGCUCAGAAUUUUUUCUCGUGAUGAGAUUUUAAAAAAAUCUGUAGAUCUUCUUUUCUUUAAUUUUUUUAAAAUGAGAAUUGUUUUUUUAUUUUCAUAGUUCUACCAUUUAGGUGUUGGGCAUGUAUGUGUAGAUGUUGGCACACGGCCAAUUCUGCAUUUAGAUUUGGGAAAUUAAAAACAAAUACAUUGCAGAUGUCAUAAAUGAGAAAUGAAUGGGUUUAUUCACCAUAUGAGAUGUGAUCAUCAUAAUGUUGAUGACCUCUUGCUGAAAAAUGGUUUAAAAAUCCCUCAAAUGUAUGGAUGAUAAACUUUGAUUUCUUGUACGUGUCUUAGAUAAGAAAUAUUACAAAUAAUCGGGUACAGCACAUCUUAUUGCUACUUAUGAUAGCUUGGCAAACAUUGAGUAUUUGUUCAUCGCACAAUCCAAAGCGUUCAUUUAUGAAUACAGGCGAGUCAUUUAGAUUCAUGUGUCAAACUUUUGUUCUACUAAUAGAUAUGAUAUUAGAAACUCAGUUAGGACCACUGGUUUUAAUAUACAGUCAAACCUGCUUUAGUGACCACCUGUCUACAAAGACCACCUGUCUAUAACAACCACAUUUUUGGUUUUCCCUUGAAAAUGGUUGCUCAU